CAUUUAAUUAAGGAACGAGUUAUGGCAUUUGUUUCUGUUAAACUCCAGUGCAAGAAACGUGGCGUCUUUCCCAUUAAUCAGCUUGAGAGGGGCCUCUUCAGGACGAGGCUUGAAGUACCUAACCAGCUCCAUCAGUUAGCUACGCUAGUUCCAUCCACUUCACAUCAAGACCCCGUGCCGAGUCAGCCAGCUCCCGACCCCUGGCAAGAUUACCGACCCUGCCUCGAAAAGCGUCUAAUGAGCGAAAGUGGACCGACAACUUGCCAGAUUGUGUACAAUAUCGAUAAUGAAGUAGUCUAGUAGCGAUGUUUAUUUAUUUUAUAAAUUGAGCUAGCUAGCUUGUGCUACCGCAACUUUUAUCCAAGUAGCUGCAAGCAUCCCUGGCUUACUUGGGGUGGUUGUUAUUCAAAGACAAGAGUCAAGACUCACUAGGCUACUGCCAUUUGGCUAUUUGUAAUAGCUAUUUCUGGAGCCAUCUCCCCGUUGUACUUUUAUUACAGACAUAUUUGCUGUGACAUAAUAGGGUUGCUAAUUUGAGCAAUUCAUCAGUUUGCCAUCAUCGCCUCGUUUAGCUAACGUUAGCGAUCUAGCUCAAAUAGCUUAGCUAGCUAUCCAACCUGCUAGCAAACGUUACUUUGUUUUCUGGCUAGACAACUAGCUAGCUAGCCGCUAGCAGUAACGAUAGCAAGGUGCUGCUGACACAUCACAGCCAGGCGAGCCGUAGCAACUAGCACUAGCUAGCUUGCCAAAUUAGAGUAGCUUUGUUUGAGUUCAUUUUCAAGAUGCCUGCAAUGUUGGAGAAAAACGGUUCCGAAAUAUCAGGGAAGCGGAGAGGGAGGAAUUCAGUUAAUAAUCCUAACAAAAGUUUUGCUACGAAUGGAAACAGUAACAUUUCAUGGGAGGAAGGAAGUUCGGGCUCCUCCAGUGAUGAUGAGCAUGGUGGCGGAGGUAUGCGAGUAGGUGCUCAAUAUCAAGCCAUCGUUCCAGACUAUGAUCCUGAUGUGGCCAAGGCUGCCCAGGAAAGGGACAACCUGGGCAUGCUGGUGUGGAUACCCAGCCAGACCCUGGCAGAAACCAAACUUGAUGAAUACAUUUCAAUCGCCAAAGAAAAGCACGGCUAUAAUAUGGAACAGGCGUUGGGCAUGCUGUUCUGGCACAAGCACAAUAUAGAGAAGUCCCUGGCAGACUUGCCUAACUUCACACCUUUCCCAGAUGAGUGGACGGUGGAGGACAAGGUUCUCUUUGAACAGGGCUUCAGUUUCCAUGGCAAGACAUUCCACCGCAUCCAGCAGAUGCUACCUGACAAGUCCAUCGCCAGCCUGGUGAGGUUCUAUUAUUCAUGGAAAAAAACUCGCAGCAAAACCAGCGUCAUGGAUCGCCACGCACGCAAGCAGAAGAGGGAGCGAGAAGAGAGUGAAGACGAGGCUGAGGAGACUCCUCCCAACCCUCCCAGUGACAUGGACUUUGAUCCCAGCAAGCAGGACAAGAAGGAGGUGGCCUCAGGAUCAGAAGCCAAACAGGAAACCAAGCCAGCAGCAGCAGCAGCAGCAGCAGCAGCAGCAGCAGCAGCAGUAGCAGCAGUGGUAGUGCAGAAGCCCACUGGCAUGGUCGAGAAGGUGGCCCAUGUGAAGAAGGAGCUCCAGGGUCUGUCAGGGAAGAACCUGCACAGAGCCAAGAAGAAGCCCCCUAAGGGCAUGCACCUGCACCAGGGAGACGUCGGGGCCAUGUCUACGAGCGGCCCAGCGGCCUUGGGAGUGCUGCGACAGCUGGACACAGAGCUGGUCACCAUCAAAAGACAGAUCCAGAGCAUCAAACAGAACAACAGUGCUCUAAAGGAGAAGCUAUAUUCUGGAGUAAAUAACUUCCGCGUGCCUGAGGUGACCCAGAAGUUCAAUACUCGCUGGACCACAGAUGAGCAACUGCUGGCAGUACAAGCCAUCAGGAAGUACGGACGAGACUUCCAGGCCAUCUCCGACGUGAUCGGCAACAAGUCAGUGGUGCAGGUGAAGAACUUCUUCGUGAACUACCGCCGGCGUUACAACCUCGACGAGGUGCUGCAGGAGUGGGAGGCGGAGCACGGGGUGGAGGGCGGGGCCAGGGGAGGAGCGGAGGAGGAGAAGAUGGAGGUGUCUCACUCCCCUGAGGAGGCGGGAGCCCGAGGAGGAGCGGGCACGCCGGCCGUCCCUGAGGAGCAGAAGGAGGAGUCGUCGCCCACAGAGACCCAGCAGCCCCAGGCGUCCUGAGCGGGCGUCCAUCUUGGGAGGGAUGGUGUUUGCGCUGGAACUUCUGCUCCCUGCGGAUCUGAGGGCUUGUGAAGGGACGAGGAGGAGCCUAACCAGGUCCCAGUUCAGACCUGACCCCCCGUCCCCUGUCUCCCCCGCCCCCCCGUCCCCAUCCCAGUUCAGACCUGACCCCCCCGUCCCCUGUCUCCCCCGCCCCCCCGUCCCCGUCCCAGUUCA